GGACAAAAAAAAAUGGCCGACUUCGUAAUGUCUUUUUCUAUUCGCCAUUGAUGAUUUGGCGAUAGCUAAGUAGCUACUGUACAAUUUUUAAUUCUUCGUAUAGCUUUAAGAGCCAAUAAUCACAUUUAAAUAUUCCAAAGAUUCAGAGGAGGAGGAAUUUAAAAAGAAAAGUAGAAAAAGAUCAGAGUUCGAUGUAUUCAGUUAGAAAACUGAUGACGACCAUGACAAAUUCUUUAAGCUUGAAGCAUGGACUUUCUCUUUGGUGUCCUCAAUCUGGUGUGCUCAAUCGAAUUUCUCGAUCGUCUUCCAUCUCUUUCGGUAACUUCCAAAGGAGCUACGUCGUUGCGCCUUCCUCUUUCGCCAACGAAAAUCGAGAGUUUGUAAUCGUUGGUGGUGGUAAUGCCGCUGGAUAUGCUGCUCGGUCUUUCGUCGAACAAGGGAUGGCCGACGGGAGGCUCUGUAUUGUCUGUAAAGAGGCAGUUGUACCUUAUGAGCGCCCUGCUUUGACUAAGGGUUAUCUGUUCCCACUAGAUAAAAAGCCAGCGCGUCUACCUGGCUUCCAUACUUGUGUUGGCUCGGGUGGGGAAAGGCAGACUACUGAGUGGUAUAAAGAGAAUGGCAUAGAGAUCUUGUAUGAGGAUCCAGUGACAGCUGUUGAUAUCGAAAAACACACACUGACCACAUCCUCAGGAAAACUUCUUAAGUAUGGAUCCCUCAUUAUUGCUACUGGGUGUACAGCUGCGAGAUUUCCGGAGAAAAUUGGAGGGAACUUAUCUGGUGUUCAUUAUAUCCGUGAUGUUGCUGAUGCUGAUUCACUAAUACAAUCAUUGGGAAGAGCACAGAAGGUUGUUGUUGUUGGAGGUGGUUAUAUUGGUAUGGAGGUAGCUGCUGCUGCUGCUGGUUGGAAGCUUGACACAACGGUCAUAUUUCCAGGAGAUCAGUUAAUGCCAAGAUUGUUUACUCCUUCUCUUGCUCGUAGAUAUGAAGAACUUUACCAACAAAAUGGUAUCAAAUUCUUAAAGGGUGCUCGUAUAAAAAAUCUAGAAGCUAGUUCUGAUGGACGUGUGACUGCUGUCAAACUUGAAAAUGGGUAUAGCAUAGAAGCAGACACGGUUAUUGUUGGGAUUGGAGCAAAGCCAGCUGUCAGUGCCUUUGAAGCUGUGGGUUUGAACAACACUGUUGGUGGCAUACAGGUUGAUGGUCUGUUCCGAACAAGUGUACCUGGUGUUUUUGCCAUUGGAGAUGUUGCAGCAUUCCCUUUGAAGAUGUAUGAUCGUAUUGCACGAGUUGAACAUGUUGGUCAUGCUCGUCAGUCAGCACAACAUUGUGUGAAUACAUUAUUAAGUGGAAAAACUCACCUAUAUGAUUACCUUCCAUUCUUCUAUUCAAGAGUUUUUGAGUAUGAAGGCAGUGCAAGAACAGUUUGGUGGCAGUUCUAUGGAGACAAUGUUGGUGAGACAAUUGAAAUUGGAAAUUUUGAUCCUAAGAUUGUUACAUUCUGGCUAGACUCUGGUAAACUGAAAGGAGUUCUUCUAGAAAGCGGAAGUCCUGAGGAAUUUCAACUCCUCCCAAAACUUGCGAGGAGCCAGCCACCUAUUGAUAAAGCCAAGCUUCAAAGUGCAUCCUCUGUUGAGGAGGCUCUUCAAAUUGCUCAAAGCUCGCUUACAGGUUGAAGCUUAAGUGUGGUUUAACAUGACAUAGCUGUGGUUAAAAUAUUAAAAGAGAAAAAUUCUUAGUUUCUUC